ACCCAUUCAACUUGAUUGACUACACCAUGUGAAAUUUAAUAAAAUACCAACCCAACAUAUGUCCCACAGCCCAUGCCAAACCACACCCUUUUUUUACACACCCACUAUUCUUCAAGUUCAAACUUCACAAUUUUUUCUUUGCAUUUACACCCUCUAGUGAGGCUGAACUGAAAAGAAAUGGGGAAGAUCAUAGGAUUCUCUCUGAUAAUCUUCUCAAACAUCUUCAUAGGCUCAGUGGUGGCAGCAGAUUGGAGCAUUUUGAGCCAAAGAUUUAGAAAUGAGCUUGGUGAUAGCUUGAAGAAGUACUGUGAGAGUUGGAGGAUCAAUGUGGAGAUAAACAACAUUAGGGGCUUUGAAGUGGUUCCUCAAGAAUGUGUUGGGUACAUUAAGAAAUACAUGACAUCUUCACAGUACAAGGCUGAUUCUGAGAAGGCCUUAGAGGAGGUCAAACUGUAUUUAAGCAAUUGUUGUACUUUGGAUGGUGAUGGUAAAGAUGCAUGGAUUUUUGAUGUUGAUGACACCCUGCUUUCCACCAUUCCUUACCAUAAAAUACAUGGUUUUGGGGGAGAGAAACGUAAUGUAACAUCUUUGGAAGCAUGGAUGAAGAAGAAAAACGCGCCGGCUCUUAAGCCCACACUCAACCUCUUCCAUGAGAUCAAAGACAAAGGGCUUCAGAUCUUUCUCAUCUCUUCAAGAAGGGAAACUCUUAGAUCUCACACUGUGGAUAACCUCAUUGAAGUUGGAUACCAUGGAUGGUCUGGUCUCUCACUAAGAGGUCUAGAAGAUGAACUACAGGAGGUGCAAAAGUACAAAUCCGCGGCGAGGCAGCGGUUAGUAGACGAAGGAUACCGCAUAUGGGGCAUAGUCGGAGAUCAGUGGAGCAGCUUUGAAGGGCAUCCAAGUGCAAAAAGAACCUUCAAACUACCAAAUUCCAUUUACUAUAUAGCUUGAAGCUCUCACUUUCUUAUUUGUGUAAGUUAAGCACAAUUUCGCAACCCCACUUUCAAUUAAAAUUGUUCUUCUUAAUAUUGGAUGUGUGCUGUAAAACUCUUGCUUGAUUGAGAUUUCUGGCGUGUGUUGAAAGCAAAUAAGUUCUCUCCAACGAAAAGAAGGUGAAAAAGCCCACUGCAGAUUUCUUGUGUCGCUUUCAGAAAAACAUAUACCAUGUUAUUGCACAAACACAAGGAAUAUCAUCUC